CGGAAAUCAAGACAAGUCCAAACUUGUUUUCCCAUCCCUCUCCCGUUUACUUGUUCUAGGUGGCGCUUUUCUCGCCCUUUCCCCCGCGCCCUUUUCUAUUGUGUUUAUGUCACCCUACCCCUAAUUCGAGGCCCAAGGAAUUUCGCCUCGUUUUCGCCAGUCUGGCCGUAGCAGCCCCCUUGGAUGGUCAGCCUCGUCGUCGUCGUUUACUUUAAUUUUGUUCGUUUGUUCGCCCUGCCUCGUGCAGAAUUUGAUUGUGUGUUUUCGGCUUCUUUCAUCCGAAGCCAUCGAUUUGUACUGUUCGUGAUUAAUUGUAUUUUUGCUGUGAAUACAAUUCAGUGCAGCGAUUGCUGCAGAGUUGGCCGGCAAAACUUGUGUUCGAGUUUUCUAUCCAACAUUUUAUGGUGCAUCGACCGGGAAAGCCUUCCCAUCGUGCCUGCCGUCGUUUCAUCGUCAUCACCAGCCUGGUAACUUUCCGUGCCGUGUCCUGUUUUUGCUGCCGUGUUCCCGUGUUCCCGUUUUGCUGUUCGGCCGAUAUCUUCCACGCGGUCGGUUGUUCGCGUUGCUGUACGGCCGUCAUCAUCCUUUCUGGCCGGUUUCUGCGUUGCUGUUCGGCCGACACCAUCCCCGCGGUCGUUUUUUGCUGUACGGCCGUUGUCAUCCCUGUGGCCGUGUUCGCGCAUCUGAUCGGCCCAUAUCAUCCCGUUGCUGCGAAUCUUGGUGGCCGUGCCGCCUAUUUUUUCUUCAUUUAUUUCCAUCUGCAGCUUCACCAUUCCUCGCGGGAAGAACAGUCCGGCCUCUAAGGCCAGGUGGAAGCUUAGAAGAAAACUAUUCCGCCGAGCCCUUCUCCAACGUCAACACAUCAUUGACAGAGAAGUCGGUUUUCAUGAACGAGCUGAAGAGACCACUCGCAGUAUUGUGGAACAAAGAAGGCAACAAGCUGCCAAAAUGAAUCCUGAAAUUAAUCCGCGUCCAGCUCAAGAUCGUCAGAGUAGAUCCAGAAUUCCGGUUGUCAACAAGCAACCUCCAUCUCGUUCGCCUCGUCCGGCCGUCGUGAAACCUGCCGAAUUCAUUCCACCAAAGGAUCGUUUUUAUCAUCCAUACAGUCCCAGGCCGGUUCGUCUUCGGCAACGCUCUAUCACACCUCCUGGAUAUCCGGAAUCCGAAGAGGACGAGUUCAUUCCGCGAUUAGAAGAUUGCACGGUGCGCAGCGAAGUGGGUGAUUGCGACUAUCAACCGGAAGAAGAGCCCCAAGUCGAGAAGGAACAAGAACCUCCAGUAAGAAAUUGGAGAAUCCGAAACACAAAGACCAAGGCCGUCCGUCACGUCUCUUCCAGCGAGCUGUUCCGUCCCGAAAAGGCUCAUCGGAUCGUCAACAGAAAAUAA